GCCACCAUGCUUGCCCUGGAAGCUGCACAGCUGGAUGGUCCACACUUGAGCUGUUUGCAGUACCCAGAAGGUGUCUUCUAUGACCUGGACAGCUGCAAGCCCUUCAGUUACCCAGAUUCAGAUGGGGGCUCUGACUCCACAUGGGUUUGGACAGAGGCCCCGCCCGCCCCCACCAUCACCCCCUAUGAAGUCUUCGAUCCUGCUACGGCUGCCUUUGCCCACUCCCAAGCUGUGCAGCUCUGUUACGGUCAUGGUCUAAGCUCCUCUGCCUACAGCCCUGUGGGGACCCUAGACCCAGCCGCCAGCUUGGAGGCUCCAGGGCCUGGCCUCCAGGUGUACCCCUCAGAAGACUUCGUCAGUCAGACCCUGGGCCCCUUGGCUAAUGCUCCGUACCCCAGCUCUGUGCUGUCAGAGGAGGAAGACAUUCUGCUGGACAGCCCUGCCCUGGAGGUCUCGGACAGUGAGUCAGACGAGGCCCUCUUGGCUGGCUCGGAUGGGAGGGGAUCCGAGGCAGGUGCACGCAAGAAGCUGCGCCUGUACCAGUUCCUGUUGGGACUGCUGCUGCGCGGGGACAUGCGCGAGUGCGUGUGGUGGGUGGAGCCAGGUGCCGGCGUCUUCCAGUUCUCCUCCAAGCACAAGGAGCUGCUGGCUCGCCGCUGGGGCCAGCAGAAGGGCAAUCGCAAACGCAUGACGUACCAGAAGCUGGCGCGUGCGCUGCGAAACUAUGCCAAGACAGGCGAAAUCCGCAAGGUGAAACGCAAGCUCACCUACCAGUUCGACAGCGCGCUGCUACCAGCCACCCGGCGCGCCUGAGCGCCCCUCUAGGACCCCUUCCUGACCCCAGCCCCAGCGCCCCUGGAGCCCCGCAUGGGGCAGUAGGCUGCCAGGGUCCUCAGCUCUCACCAGGGCCUCCUCAGAGUCCCCCGGGCCAUGUAUGGGAUUCCCCAGGAUGGUCCUGUGUUUGAGGGGGAUGUCUCAUGCUCCUAGAAUGGCAGGUUUCUCCAUGGGGGGUCCCUGGUGGUGUUUGCCUUUCAAUUCCCAGAAGGAAUCCACAUUGGUACUUCUUGCCAGCCCUGUGAUGACACUCGUCAUUGCACCAGCAGGUGGCGCUGAAAGCCACCCCCAAAGUGUGUGUGUGUGUGUGUGUAUGCGCGUGUGUUUGUGUGUGUGUGUUAUGUAUGUGAGUGUAUGCGCGUGUGUUUGUGAGUGUGUGUAUGAGUGUGUAUGUUUGUGAGUGUGUGAGAGUGUGAGUGUGUGGGCGUGUGUGAGUGUGUGUAUGAGUGGGUGUUUGUGUGUGUGUUAUGAGUGGGUGUGUGUUUGUGAGUGUGUAUGAGUGUGUAUGUGUGUUUGUGAGUGUGUGUAUGCAUGUAUGAGUGUGUGUAUGAGUGUGUGUUUGUGUGUGUUUGUGAGUGCGUGUAUGAGUGUGUGUUUGUGAGUGUGUGUAUGAGUGUGUGUUUGUGUGUGUUUGUGUGUGUGUUUGUGUGUGUUUGUGUGUGUGUUUGUGUGUGUUUGUGUGUGUGUUUGUGUGUGUAUGCAUGUAUGAGUGUGUGUAUGAGUGUGUUUGUGAGUGUGUGUAUGAGUGUGUGUUUGUGUGUUUGUGAGUGUGUGUGUGUGAGUGUGUGUGUUGAGUGGGAGGGUGGGGGUCCCUCUGUGCUGCCCUGAGGCCCUUGUCAGAACUGAGAUCUAGUUAUGUCUUUAUGUCUGCAGCCCUCUGAGAGCCCUGCGCCUUUGUUUGAGACAGUGUGUCACAGUGUAGCUCAGGCUGGCCCCCAACUUGUGGCAAUCCUCCUGCCUCAGCCUCCCUAGUGCACACCACCACACCAGGCUUUUCCUUUUUGAGACAAAGUUUUACUCUGUAAUCCAGGCUGUCCCGAAGUUAGUGGUGACCCUCUUGCCUUGGCCAUACAUCCCUUGGGACCCUCUGGGAUCCAUGUCUGAGGUGAUUUGUUGGGUGGGGCUCUUGGAUCACCCGGAUGUUGUCUAGCAUCCCCAGGGUUUCCGCAGCACUGAGUUCUGUGUGUUGCAUUUGAGGAUCAUUCUAGCACCUGGCCAGUUUGGGGUGUAUGGCAGAGAUGCAGGUGUGGCAAGGCUAGUACCAGCCUGUUAUUUUGAGACUGGGUCUCAUGUAGCUCAGGCUGGCCUUGAACUCACUACAUACAUAAGGAUGACCUUGAACUCCUGCCUUAGCCAAAGUGCUCGGAUUGCUGACACUGUCAUGAAUUCCCCCCCCCCUUAAGUCAGGGUCUCUCUGUGUGGCCCAGUCUGGCUUCAAACUCAUAAUAAUUUUCCUGUCUCAGUGUCUGGAGUGCUAGGAUUACAAACAUGUUCUCCCACAGCCUGCUUGCCCCAUGCCAUCUUUAACCAGACUAAAGCUGGUCACCCCCCACCCACAAGGCAGGCAAAUGAUGUCUCUGCAGGUGUUUUCUUCAGGGGAAAACACUUUUUUACAGUAGUCUUUCAAACUGGGGGCUCUCCCACAGUCUCUGCAUCUGAAUGCGAAACUGGACAGUUGGUGUCCAGAGGCUGGGACCAGCCCCAAGACCCUGCCCGGUGCCUGCCUGUCUCGCCUCUGACUUCCUCAGCUGCCUGUUGGGGCCUAGUCUUUUACCCUUCAAGUGGUGGAAACAGCCUGCUUAGACUGUGAGCUUCUCACUGAGCCUCAUGACAGAACCAGAACCAGAACCCAAGGCUUUGAGCUCUGAGAAAGAGGAAAAAGAGGGCCUCCUUGCAACCCUGAUAACCCUGUGUCACACCUGAGCUCACCCUCAGGUGGCCGGGAUGGGGAUCAUGUGAGACCCAGACGUCCAUGUGGCCAAGGCUCAGCUGGCACCAAAUAAAAUUCUUUCUUCAAAAACCAA